AUUUUUAUCUGCAGCAUUUCAAAAUUUAUGUUUGUCUCAGAGGUUGGCGGUUGUUACUACUUACUUGUUGUUUCGGUUGUUUUCCGGUUCGUUACGAUACUUUGGUUGGAUAGGUUUAAAAGACUUUUAAUUAAUUAAUAAUACAAUAUGCCAAAUCGUAAGUUAGAAGAAUUCGAAAUUGAAACAAAACCUCGGAAACGAACCACGAAGCAGACUAUUUGUAACUUCUUGUACAAUGAACAAACUGGAGCUAUCUUGGGAAGAACGCCCGACAGUUGGGGUAAAAUCAUAUUAUUUUACGUAAUAUUCUACGCGGUGUUGAUCGCGCUGUUCGCGGUUUGUUUGGCGACAUUCCUUCAGCACUUCAUCAACCCUCGGGUGCCUCGUCUGCAACAGGAGCAGGGCUCCAUCGGCAGUAGUCCCGGGCUCGGGUUCCGCCCCCUGCCUCCCGACGUCAGAAGCACCCUGAUCUGGUACAAGGGCACGGGAGAGGAGAGUUACAAGUACUGGGAGGACGAGCUCAAAGAAUUCUUAUCAGUGUACAAGAAGAAGGGUCAGACAGCCGGUGCUGGUCAGAACAUCUUCAACUGCGACUUCCGCAACCCGCCGCCGCCCGGGAAGGUCUGUGACGUGGACAUCCGCGGCUGGGAGCCCUGCAUCGACGAGAACCACUUCUCCUUCCACAGAUCCUCGCCCUGCAUAUUCUUGAAGCUCAACAAGAUCUACGGCUGGCGGCCGGAGUACUACAACGACACCGACGCCCUCCCCGGCGACAUGCCGCCACAGCUGGUCGGGGAGAUAAAGAACAUCACAAAAUAUAACAGAGACUAUGCGAAUAUGGUGUGGGUGUCCUGUGCCGGGGAGACUCCGACGGACCGGGAGAACAUCGGCCCCCUGCGGUACAUCCCUCAUGCCGGGUUCCCGGGCUACUUCUACCCUUACAACAACGCUGAAGGAUACCUCAGCCCGCUGGUGGCUGUUCACCUCAUGAAGCCCAGGACGGGCAUAGUCAUCAACAUAGAGUGCCGAGCGUGGGCCAGGAACAUCAAAUACAACAGGAAGGACCGCCUCGGGGUCGUUCACUUCGAGCUGAUGAUCGAGUAGGCCGCGGGGACGGACAAACAAACAGCGUGGGGGCGUUGAUGUAUACAGACCGGACCCGAGGACUCGCCCGACGCUCGUUGUACAACUAAUGACAUAUAUUGGUACCACGGAGAAGACAUUCAGAAUCUCAAAUGAACUCUAUUGCAUGGGCUAUAAAACUGUUUUUACCGUGCAGUGAUGUCUGAUGACAGUCAAGGUGUUUUUUGACAUUUUACUGUAGGCGUGAUGCAUUUAUUAUAUCAUAUACAUAUUUAUAUCAGAGGGCCAGGGUUCAGAGCGGCCCGGGCUCCCGACAUGUGUUAGCUCACAUGAGUCGAACUUAACAGAUUCCGUCCCAGUCAGACUGCUAUUUUUAAGCUUAGCAUAUGUUUCCUCUAUAUGCAUUUUAAAUGAUAUAUUUUUUAAUCACAAUUUUUUUAUGUCAUAUUUCAUACACAUUUUGUAGUGACCCUUCACGCCGCCCGCGGCUGAGUGGGUUAUAUGUUAUACUUUAAGAACCAUUCCACGUAGCAUAAGGAGUGUCUGUGGAUACACAGAGUGACUCAGACGACAGUUUGAAAAUUAUACAAAUAAUUUAUAAUAUUAAUGAAAUUUUUAUAUUUAUCAUUAUUUUCUAUGUAUUUAAUUUCUCAAUAUUGCGAGUGUUGCCAGGUGCAUAAAUCAUUUUUUUUCUCUUUUAUACACAUUUUAUAUUUUUUUUCUAUCUUUUUUGUCUUGGAUGUUUCAGUAGCUCACUAUUUGUCUAAAUAGUGUAACUAAAGAGACAGUUUUCAUAUAUGUGUACCGCGCGAUAGUAUCCAGGGGUGUGUGAAGGAUAACCUGGAAGGUGGGACCGUGUGUGUGUUUGUGUAGUGCAACACCCGAACUCAAGUUGCGGCGGCUGACAUAUUUUUAAUACGUUAUCAUCCAAUGAACUAUUUUCAUUGUCUCAUUUUUUACAAUUAUUUCCACUACACAUGAGUAGUAUUGCAGCUAACUGUUUUUUCGUAGCAGCUAAUUGUUUUUUCGUAUAUUAUUUGUAUUGUAAGAGUGACUCGACUCCGUCCAAAUGUACUUUAACAUGACUCGUGUCUGUAGGAAUUUAUAAUAAAUAGUGGGUUUUACAAA